CCAAGCCGCCCUCCGGGUCACUGUGCUCUUCCGGUCCCAGAAGCCCCCGCGGCGGAAGUCGUCAUCUUGGGUCUGCACCCCACGCCGUCCGUCCUCCAGAAAGCUCGCCAUGGCGAUGGGUCCAGGUGGAGGUAGCAGCGGCGUCCCCGAGCAGGAAGACUCGGUGCUGUUCCGGCGCGGCACAGGCCAGAGUGAUGAUUCUGACAUUUGGGAUGAUACAGCAUUGAUUAAAGCUUAUGAUAAGGCUGUGGCUUCCUUUAAGCAUGCUCUAAAGAAUGGUGACAUUUGUGAAACUUCAGAUAAGCCAAAGGGCACACCCAGGCGAAAACCUGUUAAGAAGAAUAAAAGCCAGAAGAAGAAUACUACAACUCCCGUGAAACAGUGGAAAGUUGGUGAUAAGUGUUCUGCCAUUUGGUCAGAAGAUGGCUGUAUUUAUCCAGCUACCAUUGCUUCAGUUGAUUUUAAGAGAGAAACCUGUAUUGUGAUUUACACUGGAUAUGGAAAUAGAGAGGAGCAAAAUCUGUCUGAUCUGCUUUCCCCAACCUCUGAAGUAGCUAAUAAUAUAGAACAGAAUACUCAGGAGAAUGAAAAUGAAAGUCAAGUUUCAACAGAUGAAAGUGAAAACUCCUCUAGGUCUCCUGGAAAUAAACCAAAUAACAUCAAGUCAAAAGCAACUCCAUGGGACUGUUUUCUCCCUCCACCACCCCCAAUGCCAGGGUCAGGAUUGGGACCAGGAAAGCCAGGUCUAAAAUUCAGUGGCCCACCACCACCACCUCCACCACCCCACUUCCUAUCAUGUUGGCUACCUCCAUUUCCUUCUGGACCACCAAUAAUUCCCCCACCACCUCCUAUAUGUCCAGAUUCUGAUGAUGCUGAUGCUUUGGGAAGCAUGUUAAUCUCUUGGUAUAUGAGUGGCUAUCAUACUGGCUAUUAUAUGGGUUUCAGACAAAAUCAAAAAGAAGGGAGAUGCUCACAUUUCAAUUAAGGAGUCUAUUUCCCAUUUUGCAGGGAAUAUUGGAAAUAGAAUGAUAAAUUCAAAGACAUUAAUGAAGACACUGUGAAACAGGUUUUAGAAUAUGCAGUGUUACAGAAGAUAAUUGGUUUUGUUUCUUCAAAAUAUCAGAAAGAAAAAAAGGAGAUGGUUUGGGUAACUAUUCUUGAUUAAAAGUUACAUAAGAGACAUAACAAACCAAUGUAAUGUGAAAUCUCUUCUGGUACUAGUGAUUAAAACCUGUGCAAGCCAAGCACCCACUGUACUACUGUACUAGUUCCCAGUGUUAAUAGCCUUGACAGACUCUGAUAAGGAAAGCCAUUUGUAAAAACCUUGAGUUGGGGGCAUUGAGGAAAUUUUUAAUAUGGAUUGGAUUUUAAAUAUUAGAUCAUUUCUGAUUUUGUGAGUUAUAAUAAAACUUGUUUAUAGAGUAAAUUUUUAAAUUAGUACACUGAAGCAUUCCAGAAUGAAAUAUUAUAAUGGCUCUAAAAUAUUUUUAAAUGGUUUCACCAAGUAUGUUUGUGUAUGAAGUGUACAUGGAAAAUGUUAAUCUAACUAGUAUGUAUAUGAAUAUUCACUGUACUAUUUUCCUAUUUUUUGUAUGUUUAAAAGUAUAUAAUAAAUAUAUUUAAUUUUUUUAAA